CAGAAGGCAUGUAAGUUGAAGUUCAAACCUGGCGGCUCCUGAUGGCACACUCAAGAGCUGAGCCACGAAGCUCACGGGCAAGGCCGUCCACAUUCGAGGAAGUAGACGUUGCGUGAUGCAACGUUGGGCCGGACCAAGAUUUCAGGCCGCGGCGGUUCUGGAGGUUUGUUAUGCGCGAUCAAGCUUGCCAUGUCGGACUCGAGCUGGUGGCGUGAUGCGCCCAUCUUGUCCAUGGCCUCCCAACAAGCGAGCUUGCCUCGCACUUCUUUCAAUUGGCCACAUUUGCUGGCGACGUUCCAGACUCAGAUGCAGGACUGGCAGAUCAAUGCGACAGGCACAGCCAGUUUUGCCGCCUAGCCAACAUGGAGCCAAAGGCGUUCAGCAAAUGGUGAUGCCCAAGGUGCCUGCCGAGUUGCCAGAAGGCACCAGUGGCGACAUGGCAGAACAGAUAAUGCUACCUCCAUUGCAGGUGCGACAAAAUGGUGACUCCAAUGGAAUCCCACCAUUGCCCUCCCUGCCGGAUCAAGGGCAGCAGGCCAGAGGCAUCCUCGAUGACAAUGAAAUGCAAUCACAGGAAGGUGCAAUCUACCAGGACAAUCGAGAGAGUGACCAGGCAGUAGAUUAUCUGGCAAUCAGGCUUCAAUCUCCAGCUGAAAUUCGAAACUUGGCCAAAGUCAAAGGAGAAAGCGGCAGAAAGGCAAAUGGACAAGUGUUGCACCCGUAUGGCCAGCAACUAGAGAGCGAACGGUGGGCACCAGUGCCAGACGGUCCGUAUUGUGAGCGGAUCUUUGGCGAAAGCAAGUCCUACAACAGGAGAGAAAAGACCGGCUACAUCGAGCUUGCCUGGCCUAGUGGGCAUGUGUGGUUCUCUGGAGAUGGCAAGCUAGGUAGAGCUGCGCAAAUGCUUGGGUGGAAGAAAAAACAUGUGGUGACCUUGCGCCAGUAUGUGAAUGAUGUGUUCUUGGGGGAGUGGGUUGCUCCUCGGCUUGGGCCUUUGUUGGUAGAUCCCGUGACCAAUUGCCCAAAGGUCCCUGGCAUUGGAAGUCCCGUGGCUGCAGCAUUUGCGCCGGCCUUGAGAAAGAUGACCUUCCGACAGAGUCAGCAGGAUGUGGAAGGAAAAAAUGCCAAGACACGUGACGAGGAAUCAGCACCUCUGUCUCGAGAGAACGACACCAUUGGAAAACUACUGAAGGUUGCCUGUCAGGAGCUGCCGGCUGAUGCUGCGUCGGUGAGAGACAAUGCGUACAGCGUGCUUGCUGCUGCGCAAUCUCCAUCAUGUGCGAAAAUCGAUGACUCGGUCAUUGCAGAGGCUGUGUGCCUUGGAAGACACUUGCGUGGCCUAGCGCAGCAAUUGGAGAGUGUCCUGAAUGAGGGUCUUCGCGGAUCAGGCUCGGCAGAAGCAUCGGGAAAGACUGAUCAGCUGAGGUCGGUUUUGGCCUCCACAGCGAUAGAGUUGAUGACUGAUGAGGGGCUCUCCAGAGAAGAAUCCAUUGGCCUUCUCCGUAUAGGGGUGUCGCCAGAAACAAACCUUGAAGCUUGGUGCGACCAGUUCCAAAGAGCAGCUCGAGAGGACUUCUACAAAGUGUGGAGGUCUUUGGCUGUGCCCAACUGCAGUGGUGAUUUGGAUGUGAUGUUGGAUGAAAUCCUUCAGGCGAUGAGUGGCGAGGUGAAGCUCGAAGAUGCGGCAAAGGCAGAGAGGGCUUGCCAAAAGCUGCUCAAAAAGUGCUUUGCUGCUCUUGAUUUGGCAGUAAGUGCCUUGACGUUUGAGCCUGUCAAACCAUCUACAACGCCAGAUUGCAGCAGAUUGAGUCGGUACUGGCCCAGAAAGCCUGAGCUGUGCUGGUAUGACCCAGCCAUGAUGCCAGUUGCAUUUCACUCGCAGGACGUCGAAAGGUUGGCAGAGAGCAAGCUGGAAUUUCAAGCACACCCACCAGACUCCACUGAAACUGCCUCAGGAAAGGAAGCAAAGAGCCAGGUUCCACUACGCCGAAGUGCGUGUGGCCUCACCACGCCGGACAAACAUAAGCAAGGAGCAUCCAGACAGACAAGGGAGAGGGCUGCAUCACGAUGGCACUUGCCUAUCCAGGUUGCAACUCGUCCAUGUCGGGCUGGUGGCUUGUUGCCUCUCCCCAGGGGAGAGGUGAUUGAAUCCAGCCCAACACUGUGGGCGAAGUUUGCUGCGACUCGGCCAAGGCCGAGUACGUUUGCCGCUCCCAUUCCGGGCAACAUGGAGGCUGAAGGAAGUCUCUACAUUGGAAGUGGUAGUGCAGCACUUCGCCAGGUCCUUUGCGAUAUUGAGCCCACUUCAACUCUUCAAAGAUUGGCGUGGGACAUCGACAGGCUUGACGAUGCGCGAAGGGCUAUCGAGAAGUCACCAGCCGGAAGGUUGAAUCUCACGUUGGCAAGCGUGGAGAAGCAGAACAGGCGACUCGGAGCGUCUGCUGAGUCCACGAGCGGAGCCCUUUUGGAAAGGCGAGAGUUCAUGGAGUCAGCCGUGACAAAACAUCAGCUACCUGAGUGGUCUGUUCUCACCUCUUUUCCAGUCCUACCUCCAGACCUGAGAUUAGGCGUUGGAGAAGACCCCGAGGAACGACCAGAUGAUCUCAAUACCAUGUACCAGGAUGUGCUUGUGGCUGGGCGCGAUUUGGAGGUUGCUAUCGCAGAGAGGCACAGUGCUGGACUUUUGCGAUAUCGGAAGCUCUUGCUGCAAGCUGCAGUGGAUUCACUCAUAGACAAUGGCUUUGGGUACCUAGGUUGCCGGAUGAUCCGCGGUUGGAGUCACCAGAAGAGAAGUAAGGCUUUCUUCAACCAGUUGAAGCAGUCAAGCGCCCUGUUUGCGAAGAGGAUUUCGGGUUAGACUCCGAGAAACGAUGAUGUCAGUGGAAAGGAGUUGAAGGCUGAAAAGGUGAUUUCCGCUCGAAAGGAAGAGAUCUCCAUCGUUGAGGACAUGGGAGUUUGGGAAGUCAUCCCUCGCCCCAAAGGCGAGAUAGUCGUCUCAACUUGUUGGGUUGACGUCAACAAGGGCGACGAGGAGAAAGAGAAGUACAGAAGCCGGUUGGGCGCCGUGAACUGAAAAAGAAGGCUGAGAACGAUUGGAGCACUUGGAGUGAUUUCUUUGCUUCGAUGCCACCCAUCGCAGCACUUCGAAUGUCGUUCACGCUUGCAAUCACACAGCAAAUUCCAGACAUGAAUGGCAAACUGAUCGCGAAACACGAGACACCUGCUUGUUUUCAUCGAUGUGAAGAAAGCACGCUUUUGGUCGCCAGCCAUGCAGGGGGCGAGUACUGGUGGAACCUCCACCAGAAGCAGGUUUAUGGUCCAGAUGUUGUUGGUUUGUUAAAGAAGAGCUUGUAUGGAACUCGCGACGCACCAGGAAAUUGGGAAGCAGCUAUUUGCGCGGUAAUGACAACUAUGCGCUUUGCGCGAGGAAAAUCAAACUCUUGUGGAUAUUAUCGCCCAGAAAAGCAGAUUCGUGUAGAAGUUCAUGGUGAUGACUUUACUAGAGUAGGUUCCAAGUCCAACCUAGACUGGUUCGCUGAGGAGUUGAAGGAACAUUGGACGAUUGACGCUCGUGGUAUUCUUGGUCCCCCAGGAAUGGAAGGAGUCAAACAACCCAUUGUUUUUCUCAACCGCUAAAUCACUUGGACGAGUGCAGGAAUUGAACUAGAAGCAGAUCCACGACAUGUGGAGGGGUCUUGCAAGAAGUAGGAUGUGAAGGCGCAAAGGUCACAACGCCACUUGUGAAAGAGCGAACGGAGGAUGUCUAUGAGUCAGAACCUAUUAGCAGCGAAGAGGCGGGUCGUUAUCGCUCAGUGAGCAUGAGAUAGGCAUACCCUUCCCAAGAUCGUCCUGGUCUACUUGUUCUUGGAAAGGAGCUGACAAUAGGAUUGAAGAAUCAAACGCAAGCACAUAUGCAGAUGCUGAAGCAUGGAGCUCGCUAUUUGCGAUCACAUCCACGAUUGUUACACUUGUUUCCAAACCAGGCACAGUUCACCCAACUUGAUGUUUGGGUCGACGCAGAUCACGCUGGUUUUUUAAGAUCUCGUAAGAGUACAACUGGUACAGUUUUGCUUUUGGGAAAGUGCACGAUUCGCAAGACAUGCAGUUAUUGCACUCAACUCCGGAGAAGCUGAGUACUAUGGGUUAGUAUCUGGUUCGCGCCAAGCUCUUGGCGAACAGAGCUUAUUGGCAGACUGGAACAUGUUAGUAUCACAUGCUAUAUGGACGCAACAACAGGUUUUAGCAAUAGGCAGUCGACAUGGACUGGGAAAAGUCAAGCAUGUAGAUACAGUUUUCCUGUGGACACAACAACAAGUCCUUUCUGGGAAGAUUAAGCUUGCUCAGGGAUCUACCCUGGACAUGUUAGCAGAAAUAUUCACCAAGCCCUUAGAAAGCCAACGGAUGAAGACACUUCUCGAAAGAAUGCACUAAGCGCCCGCUUGCCUUGAAGGCGUGAAGUGCCACUCGGGGGCAUUGAGUCGUGGCUUAGCUAGGCAUCUCUUUUCACUUGCGUCUCGAGGGGACACGCGUUCAGGAGGCGUGUAGAGAUGUAGUCAUUUAGAGUCUUAGAGGGUUGCUAGCUUGUAAGGUAGCAUUGCUGCAUGUGGACAUGUGUAUGGUGUCCCGCAGCCCCUUUUCACUAGCUCCAUCAGCGGUCUAAAUGGCGAACUGUGAGCCCAGAGAGAAAGGGAAACCACUGCGUUUUAUUUGAUUGAAAAUGGUUCGCCUGGACAUAGCUCCACUCAACUUUCUUUGCAACGCAGUAUGCACAUAACUACAGUUGAACUUUUGCUGAGCAAACUUUUUUUUCAAUUCUUCAUGUCGCCCCAUGUUUUCGCUUGUUGUCAUUUGCUUUGCAAGCCCGAGGCCAUCGGAGUUUUUCAAUGUCCUUCUUAGUGUGUUCUUGGUUUUGCCCUGACACUCCUGCCUCGCCUGAUCUUUGGGCCAGUACAGAGGGUGGG